UUGUUCAUAUCGCUUUCUUUCCAUGAUUCAUAUGGUACUUUUCGCUUUCUUCUCAGAUCUAGGAUCAGCUUUAUUUAUGCUUCACAGCAUCCUGACAACGAUGAAUCUUCUUCUUCCUCGGGUGACGAACAAGAUCGGGACACGGGUCGGCGCAGCAACAACGUAGCAAAUAUGGUUUCUAUGACAGCAACUUCUGGGGACCUGAUGGCCGGCAAGAAAUCUCCUUCCGGCACAUUGGAGAUUAGCAAUAAAUCAGAACGAGUAUGUUUUUAUGAACAUUCUUGGUAG